AUGCAGUUCAAGCUUCUUGCUGUGGCCCUGGCCGCAGCUCUCCCUUUUGCUAGCGCCUAUCCCAUCACCGGCACCACUGUCAACUGCCGCUCCGGCCCCUCUACCUCUGAUAAGAUCAUCAAGAGUUACAACAAAAAUGAUGAUGUGAAGAUCAGCUGCCAAACCACUGGCGAAAGCAUCAACGGCAACCCUAUCUGGGACAAGACUACCGACGACUGCUAUGUCGCCGACUACUAUGUCAAGACUGGCAGCUCUGGCAUGGUGACCAAGGACUGCGACCCCGGCAAGCCCGGCAGCUCCGAGACCAACGGUCCCAUCACACGCCAAGAAAUCAUUGAACGUGGCCAGCACUGGGUCCGGAAACAUAUCCCCUACUCUAUGAGCAACUUCUACCCCGACCAACAGGGUGUCAAGUACCGCACCGACUGCUCUGGCUUUGUAUCCAUGGCUCUUCACACUACUGCCCCUGGUCGCAGCACCGUCAGCCUUCCUGAGAUUGGCACCGCCAUUGCUUGGAAGGAUCUCAAGGUCGGUGACUUUGUCGGCACGCUCGGAGCUGGAACCGACGGUGCUGAUGGCCACGUUACCCUGUUCAAUGGAUGGGCGGACAGUGCCCACAAGCGGUACAAGACUCUCGAAUGCAUGGGCAGCAAGGGCUGCGUUGCAUAUGAACGUGCUGUUGGCUGGAAGGUCGGUAGCCACGUUGCGAAGCCCUACCGAUACAAGAACGUCAAGGACUAA